AUGUGGAAGCACACUUUACUGUUAGUGUGCCUCAGUGGCUGCUGCCUGGCCGGACCGCUGCAUGGAGUUAAGCGAAAUGUGCCCAUUGUGCUGCGUGAAGAUGAUGCUGAGCUGGAGCGUCCCGCAUCAGAGCCACUGGCGCCUGAGUACCCCGAGAUGCCGUCGACACUGACCUUGCCCAGCAAUGCGACAUCGAUACGCGCUGACAUCACCGAUAGCUUCUCUUGCGAUGAUAAAGUUUAUGGUUAUUAUGCGGACGUGGAGAAUGACUGCCAGAUAUUCCACGUCUGUUUGCCGGUAACGUACGCUGAUGGCAAAGAGAAUACAUUCCGUUGGAGUUUCAUUUGUCCUGAAGAGACUGUGUUCAGUCAGGAAUCAUUCACCUGUAUGCGUCGCGAAGACAUUGCCUUCUCAUGUGAAGACUCUGUUAACUAUUAUGAAUUGAACCGCAAUUUUGGUAACACAGAGGAACAGAACGUUAACUCCAACAAUGCGCAAGCUAACGAAGAGCAAGCGGAAGCCCAACCCGCGGAGCCAGCUGAGCCCGCCGAACAAGAAGUGGAACAAGCUGUUGCGCCACAAGCAGCUGCUCCAGCACCACAGCCAGCAAAGCCAAUUAAGCAUGUGAAGGUGCAAAAACCCAAUCGUAGAAAGCCACAACCGAAACCACAAAAUGACCACGCUAUUUAUCCCACAAAUAAACUGCCAUCCAUUAUGCCACUACGCAAGAUGCCCAAUGUCGGUUCCAAUGCCCCUGUUUCCGUACCCGCGGAGAUAGUGUCCGUACAAGCCGCUGAAAAGGAUGAGGUAAAAGUAGUGCCAUCUCGCUACAAGAAACGUCCCGCUGUCUCUUACAAUAGCGAGAAAGAAGUCGUUGAAGUGCCCGCCCAACCUUUUAAAGUCGAGUUGGUGCAUACUGUCAGCAACCCAGAAUCAUACAAACGCAGACGUCCCACAUUUGCACACAAAAACAAUGUUGUUACUAAAGUUUCUGAAGAUGUGCCUGUUGCCGUCGAGACCGUCCCCGAGGCUGUAGAAGUUGCAGAACCUAUUGUGCCAGCAGUUAAACUCGAGUCCAACUUGGACGCUAGUCCGGUACCAGCACAGAAAGAAAUUGUAGCGGUUGAAGAACCGGUAGCACAAGUUGCUGUGGAAUUGCCAGUUGCCGAAGCCGAAACCCCAAUCGUCGCAGAUGCCGAACCACAAGCUUCUGAAACCGGUGAAGUCGCCGUGGAGCCAGAACAGACUUUAAAAACUAUCGCCGUACAGCCACUUGUUCCUGAUGCCGAAGCUACACAAGCGGAGGAAGCUGUUGUGGUGCCAAUUGAAUUAGCCCAGCCAGUUGUAGAAGCUGAACCUGAAUAUGUGGCACCAAUUGCAGAAGAAAAUAUUAAAAUUGAAGAACCUAUUGUUGAAGAAGUUUCCCAAUCCGAUGAAGCCCCAGUGGAAGAGAAUAUCAAAGUUGAGGAACCAAUUGUGGCCGAGUUGGCAGUACCAGCAGAAGUAGAGCCUGAAAAGGAAGCACACAAUGAAGAAUCUGUCGUCGAAUCUAUUGAAGAUAAACCAACUGUAACUGGAGAUGAUCUUCAAAAUGCGCUAACAGAAGAAAAAAUUGAGGAAGUAGCCGCUGAGCAGCAAAUCAAUGUAGAAACACGAACACAGUCUGCAGAAGAAGCUCAACCCGCACAACUAAACGAAGACACUGAGGAUCAAUUAGCUGGCGCAUCUGAGCCAGUCGCUCUGGAAGCUGAGCCCGAAGUUAUUGCACCUGUUGAAAAUGCAGAGGAAUCUCUGCCUGCUCUGCCCUCAUUAGAAGAGUUAGAAGAACAGAAGCCAGCCAAUGCUGUUGAAAUUAUGCCCGCUUCACCCGAAAUGGAGCAACAAGAUCCUAUUGUACAACAAGCUUUUGAGGGCAAUGAUGCUCAUUUGCAAUCUGUUGGUGGUUUCAAACCAGUAGACCCCGAAAUGGCCGCUGAAGCAGAAGCACUUAUCUCAGACUUCAUCAAUACCCUGAAGAGCGCACACCCUAAUGAGAAACCCCAUUUACCAGAGUCAGUGGAAGAAGAAGUACCAGCAGCUUCUGCUGAAAGUGAAGACACUAAAAUUGAUAUUAUAAUACCACAACAAACUGAAGAGAAAAUAGUUGAAGCCGAAGCGCAGCCAGAGGAAGUACCCGCUGCAGCUGAGGCCGAAACGAAUUUAUUGAAAACCGUAGCUGCUGAAGAACCGUUGGUUGAAACAGAAAAUGUCUCUGUUGUAGCAGAUAACGAGCCGGUCGAAGAAGAGGAAGUGAAAGUUUCACCGCUCCUUAAAUUCCCAAUCUCCAACAGUUUCCCCGCCAACAUGUAUCAAAUUCCGGUUACAAUCAUUCAAACACCUUACGAAGAGGUAAAGAAUGCCGAAACCGAAGUGCAAGAACCACAAGAACAAAUUAAUGCUGAGGGAGUAAAAGCUGAAGCACCGGAAGCACCUGUAGAAGAGGCAGCCCCAGCUGUAGCAGAAACUCAAGAACCAUUGAAAUUCCUGCCUGAAAAGACCGAAGUAGAAAUUAUCCCAGUUGAAGAAACUGAGCAAGAAGCUCAACCUGCCAUUGUCGAGUUCGUUGACACCAAACCCGAAACUGUGCAAUCUGCUGUCGCUGAUGCUGUAGUAGCCGCAGCAGAAGCUAUACAACCAGCUCUGCCCGAAGCUGUGGAGAAUACGCCAGAGGCAGAACCAGAAGUAGCGCAACCCGCCGCUCCUGUGUCCUUCCGACCGAUCAGCAUUGACGAUAUCGUUGAAUUGGUUAAAGAGCGCUUAGAUCAAGCACCUGCCGAUGAGAAAGGCGCUCCUAUGGAACUUAUUGUUGACUCCAACAACGCCGACAAGCCUGUUGAAUUGAAAUUUAGUUUGGAAAAAGGGUCAGCGCCGCAAGAAGUAUCAGCUGAACAAACACCUGCCGAGGAUAUCAUUUUUCCCAUUUAUCAUCGAGUGUCCGAGCCUGAGGUCAGCGCUGUCCACGCACCCGAAGCUAUCACUGCAGAAGAGCCCAGCGCAUUCGUGACGGAGCUCAAAAAGUUACCAGUUGAAGCUGAAGCCGUACAAGAGGUAGUCGAACCGUUAGUACAAACUGUAGACCAGGCUGUGCAAACGAAUGCCGAUGAGCUUGAAGCUAAUGUAGCCGUCAAGUCCGCAAUCAACACUGAGACUGAGAAUGCAGCUGAAGCUGUGGCAGCGCCAGUAGCAAAUUCGCAAGAAACUGAGAGCGAAGCUGCUGUCGUGUCAGCUGAUGCGCCCAUUCAAACCGAGACCAUUGAAGCUGAAAGUGCGAAGGCAAAUCGUGCCUUAAGAUCGCGCAGUUUGACAAAAGCUAAGUUAGAUCCACGUAAACGUCGCUUCCUCUUCAGAUCGGAUGCCAGUUAG